AUGGAGAAGUAUUACAACGAGGAAAGGAGACUUGAGACUUUCCAAGUCUCAAAAACCAUAAAGAGUAAGAAAUUUAAGUGGAGGUAUACAGUGAUAUCGCCAAAUUGGUUAUCACAAAUUGGCUUCAUAUUUGAUCCAAUUACCGUCGAUAAUAAAGUCCAGAAGGAUGCCAUUAGAUGUGUAUUUUGUAAACGUCAUACUUAUAAUCUGCAGUCUUGCAGAUCAAGACGGAAGGAUCCAUUAGAGACCAUAUCAAAUGUCAUGAUUAAGCACAUCUAUAACAAGGAUAAUAAGAUAUGUCAAUUGGUUUACUUAAAAUGGAAGAUAUUGAAUGACAAAAGGUUCAAUCCCGGUGUGUCGAACUGGGGCAGCGAUUCCGUAUUCAAGUGGCCGUUUUCUAAAGAGAUAUUCAAUGUUUUCCAAUUUACUUUCAAUGAAAACUGGAAUCCGAAAAAUGAUCUUUGGUCAGUCGAUAAUGUGGUCAGAGCUGGUUUAAUACAGUACGAUCCGUCAUUUAGUUCCUUUGAUAGCCUGGUUAUUGAUGAUUUGAAGGGCAAGACGUGCUAUUGCGUGUACUGUAGAUCAGUAUUAGAACCUUGGUGCACAGAAGACUCUCCAAUGGUGGCUCAUUUCAAAAAAUGUAAUAAUGGCGUUUGUUAUUUUUUUGAAACAAUUAGAAAGAACUUUGAAGGUUAUAACGAUCAAGAUGCAAUUGAAAAGUUCCACUUUGACUAUGAAGAAAAUAAUGAUAUCCAUCAAGAUAGUACGAGAGAAUCAGUCAUUCAUAAUACUGAAAUCUUCUCAAGUCAGGUCUUUAUUGAAGACGAUAAUAAGUCAUCUACUGCUGAUAGCAGUAGCAAGAAUAGGGUAUUUCUUUUUGAUAAUGAAACGGGUGAACGUUCCAUGGAUCAGCUAGAUAAACAAGGCAAUAUAAACAAUAUAAAAGCCCCGUCACCAACUAUAGUGGAAAACUCAGAACUAUCUUCCGGAGAGAACGGUAAAAAUGAUGAAAUUACCAAUAAUGAAAAAUCACAGUCGCCGGUCAGAAAGAAGAGAAGGCUGAUCCGAGCAUCUCCAAAACGAACAAUUUCGGAAAAUAGCCUUUCUGAAUCAAAUGAUACUAGAUCUUUCGAUCUAUCGACCAGCGAGAAACAAUUGGUUGUUAAUUUCCGAACCCAUGUAAAUAAAAAGAAAGAACUGGCAAGAACAAAUAGAAUUUUGGACGACAGCAUAGAUGAUUUUAGCUUUAGUAAUCAAGGCCAUAGUAGCUUUAAUAUACCAAUGCAAACCACUUCAGUUGUUCAAUCAAAAGAGCAAACGGAGUCAGUACAGGCAGAUACACCGGCGUUAUUGCAUGUGAAGCCUAACUUAGAAUUCUCUCCAUCUCCAGUCUCAAAAGGUAAGUCCUCGCCCGAGUUUGUAACAGCUGUCUCUGGCAUCAUGGUAAAAGAGUCACCUACUCGUUCGAGAAGUUUUAAAGAUGAUGAUUUUAUGAGUAGUAUCCCUCACCUAAGUCAUUCGAGAAAAGACUCUGAAGAACCAACAAUUUCUGCUUUUGCUAAUACGGUAGUGACUAACGUUGCCAAUGAGGAACAUGUAGAACAUUCAAACGAUACACAGAUGGUCAGAGAAAGGUCAAUUGUUGGUACGGCGAUGAGAAAUAAGAAUUUUGUGGUAGACACUUCUAUCGGCAAGAUAUUAGAACAUCGAGAGGUCCAUUCUAGUAAGCAGGAUAUGACACCUAUCAGACAUAAACCUAACGAAAAAAUGUAUGAAUUGAACAAUUUGGAUGGUCCUGAGAGGAACACUUUCGAAAGCACGCCGAUACAACAAAAUAAUCAACGUAAAGUGGAAGGAAAUGUGACCCUUCGAGCUAAAUUUGAAUUGAUACCAAAGGAUGUGGAACUAAACGCAAACCUUUCAAAUUCCUCAUCAUCCUCAAGUGUCAUAUCUUCUGCUGUAUCAACUCCUAUAGCAAGCCCAAUACAAAGAAGUAUUCCGCCGUCCUCGAAACAGUCUGAUCGGCAAGUACUUAGGCAUCGGAANNAUUUUGCAAACUCUCGUAAUCUUUCUCCCACUAAGGAAGACAAUUCCAUCAAACUGGCCGUCACAGAGGAUAAAGAAGUACCAGAAAUUAAAAAAUCUUUCGAAACUGUGCAAGGAUGGGAACCUAUUACUAUCAAUAACUUUCUCGAUGUUGAUAGUGACAAGAAUAUUGUUAAGAUAUAUUUGCAUAAUCUACUGCAGUAUAUCAACAGGAAUGACUCCUCACUGAACAAUGAUAAGGAUGGUGAUUUGACUUUUUUUAUCAAUAAAAUGCCAGGUGGGGAGAUGAAUUCAACUUUUGCUAGCUGGCUUGAUGAGAAAAUUCACACGAUUCAUGAUGAAUUUUUGAGAGACUCCUCUAAAAAACUUGAAAUGCUACAAAACCAGCUUCAUUUAGCCAAGAGUAUUAUCAAUUCUCUGGAUGAAAAUUCUGAUGAAAAUGAUGAGAUACUUCUGGAUUUGGCAAAGAGAUUUGGGAUUACAUGA